AUGAAAGGUUUCUUUGGACUUUUGGUGCUUCAUUUCAUAUGUUUCACGUUAUCUGUAGCUACUCGCGAAAGUUUUUUCUUUGCCUCUGAUUUUGAUGUAGCUAAAAACGUUUCUAGUAAUUUGAACGAUCACGAAUCUCUAACAUUUUCAGCAGAAAAUGUUGAAGUGAGGAGAGAAGUUCCAAGUGGUCCGAGUAAUGAGACAUCUCCACCUACACCACCAUUGUCCAUAACAGAUAUUGUAGUAAAGAGAGAAGUUCCAAGCGAUCCGAGUAAUGAGACAUCUCCACCUACACCAUUGUUGUCCAUUGCGGAUUUUGAAACCAAAAGAGAAAUUCCAAGCGGUCCGAGUAAUGAGACAUUUCUACCUACACCACGGUUGUCCAUUGCAGAUUUUAAAACCAAGAGAGAAGUUCCAAGCGGUCCAAGUAAUGAGACAUCUCCACCUACACCACAGUUGUUUAUUGCGGAUUUUGAAGCUAAGAGAGAAGUUUCAAGCGGUCCGAGUAAUGAGACAUCUCCACCUACACUACCGUUGUUUAUUGCGGAUUUUGAAGCCAAGAGAGAAGUUCCAAGCGGUCCGAGUAAUGAGACAUCUCCACCUACACCAUCGUUGUCCAUUGCGGAUUUUGAAACCAAGAGAGAAGUUCCAAGUGGUCCGAGUAAUGAGACAUCUCCACCUAUACCACCGUUGUCCAUUGCGGAUUUUGAAGUCAAGAGAGAAGUUCCAAGCGGUCCGAGUAAUGAGACAUCUCCACCUACACCAUCAUUGUCCAUUGCGGAUUUUGAAACCAAGAGAGAAGUUCCAAGCGGUCCGAGUAAUGAAACAUCUCCACCUACACCACCGUUGUCCAUUGCGGAUAUCGUAAUGAAGAUUUGA